CCCCCCCCCCUCCCCCCGCUGUACCGCAGAACCUGCCCUUCGAGACACUCAUCAGUAGGUGCAAGCAACUGUUUGACGAUAACAGGAGGAGCAAAGAAAAGGCGGAGAAGGACUCCGAGGGCAAGACCGGGGAAAGCGAGAAGGACGCUGAAGUAUUCGACGAGGAGAACGACGAGGGGUCCGAGGAAGGAUUGCAAAUUGCUCAACGCUACGGCAUGUCGUGGGGCCGGUAUGGCAUCGAAGAAGGGCACAGGCCCGUCGAAGGAGCACAUGGCACAGGGACUGGCGUUGCGUGACGGUGCCCGCGACGGUUCGCCAGGCCGAGGUGCGACACAGGGUUUCCCGGUGGUACAACCGGCAGGUGGCAGAGGCAAGGACAGCAGCAGCAACUCCAAGUCCCGCUACUCUGCGGCCGCUGCGGCGAACAACCGGUCCCGGGGGGAGGAUUGUCGGUUCCGACUGGAAUCGAAGACCUCUGACGGCGAAGGUUCUUCUCUUUCGUUGGCAACCGCAACCGGUGAAGACGAGGAGGAAGAGGAGGAGCUAUCCGACGAACCAGAUGCGUGGGACGAAGACCGGAAGGCGACCCUGUUAGCAAGCGGCAAGGCUGGGCAGGGGACGAGGAGCGGGAAGGGUAGGGGAAAGCGGACCCGGUCUAUUCCACCUCUAUCCUCCACGACAGGUGGCUCUGCCGGCCUCCAAAACAGGCUGAGCAGCGUGAUCGACUUGGUCUGCCAGAAAAUGACCGCGCCGGCGGUGCCGACUGUGGGUGGUGGCAAGCAGGGAGGGUCGAGCAGCAGGACGGAAUCGGAUGAGAUCAAAGACCUGCUCAAGAGGAGCAUCCAGCGGCAGGAGCAGGUGAACCAGCAGAUCUUCACCGCAAUGGGGAUGAUGCAUGGUGGCGUCCAACCGCACCCACUCGGGAUGCAAGCGGGUGCAGGCACGCUUCCUCCCUUCGGCGGGUGCGCUGGAUUCGGCCGUAGCGCCGCCUCGGCAGGGCUGGCUCUUCCUGCAGCUGUCGGAGUACCUCCUCGUGCGCAACCUUCGCAGGGUGCAACCGCGUCGGGUGCAAGGUCGUUGCCCGUGGUUGCUGGGGGCGGACAAGCCGCUCGCGUCAGUGAUGCCUCGUCCGCAGGAGGGGGGAAACGUCGUCCGAGCUUCGGUGCUUCUUAUGGCGGACGAGCGACUGGUGCAACCUCUGCAGUCGCAGCGGGCAGUGCAGCCCGGGUUAGGGCCCCGCGGAAGGCUACGCCUACCAAGAGUGGACAGACGCUCUGCGAGUGUGGUCUUCCGGCAUCCCACAGUGAGGUGAAGUCGGUGAGUCUGUUGCACACAUACUUUGGGGUUUUUGUCUACAUCUGCAAGGAGUAA